GUCAGCACCUGUGCUCGAGGCUUCACUACUGUGUGCAACAUCUGAGACCUGCAGUCCUUCUGGCUUUUCUCCCACAUUAGCAGAUGUCAAUACAUAUCACAGUAGGUGCCGCAUCCCACCGAAGCAAGAUGAACGUUGGGCUGUGUCUGGUCAUUACAUUCAUCGAAGUCGUGUAUGCAGGAAAUUGCAGUUACUGGCAACGCUUUGACAGACAGGUGACACUAGACAAUGUAAUGGCAAGAGAAUAUUCUUGGAGGACACAGGCGCUUCUUCAUCAAGAGACCUGUAUUGGUCUCUGUGCCCGGGACGAACUCUGUACAGCUCUCACCUACCACAAUGGCACGUGCAGCAUGUACAGAUCUUCUCUCACGUCCUCUGGGGAAUCUGUUCCUGGAUCCAAGCACUUCAUCAAGGCAGGAGCGCUUCCUGAUCCAGACCCAUGUCCUGUAUCUUUGGGGUACACGUCCGUCGUGUCUCCCCGGUUGUGUUACAAGAUAACUCCAGAAGGCGGCUCCUCGUGGAUCCUGACUUCUCUGUGUCAAAGUGAAGGCGGCCGCCUUGUCGUCCUUAACAGCCAGGAGAAGCAGGAGUUCAUGGCGUCACUCCAGAGGCAUGAUGAUGUACCAGGAACUCUCUGGGUUGGAAUGCAGAGACUUGAAAACAACGUGUUUACCUGGCUGGAUGGGUCUACUUACGUCUGGAAGUGGGGCUCUAACCAACCCAGUGAAAAGGCAGACCAGAUCUGUGUUAAAUUAUACCAUGGUGAAUUGUCAAACAGAAGGUGCACCCAGGGAAGUAGAGCUGUCUGUGAGAUACCUCUGUAAAUUCUGAUAUGCCCGUACACGCAAUCACAUUUACAUUUUGAGAUAUUGUGAGGUACAAAGGGGACGUUGCGAGACAAUAACACAGUCGUACUAUUUAAAUAUUGUUAUAUUGUUGCGUGCUAUAUAGAAUUACCAUGUAUUAUGUUUAUUUAGUUCAUAUUUUGUUCUUUUUGACGUGCUACAUAGAAAGGUUUCAUUUACAAAUGGUAAAACGUUUUAGUUUAUGGAAUGUUGUCUUUUUCAAGGGUAUAAAUUGGUGCACAUACAUGUUUGUCCAAUACAAAAACAUAUUUGUGUCUGAGGACGUCCAUUAAGUGCAUAUGAACUUGUUAACUUGAACCAAAAGGGGUAUUUCCCCGAUCAUUAACGUGUGCCACACAUGAUUGUGACCGCGUUUAACACUGAAGCUUGGGUACGACAACGUUUAGGCAAACAUAUAUUUAAAUCAAUGAUGUGACGAUAGGGUGUUUUACGCCACAUCCUAUGAUACUGCUGCUAUUUCAGGUAGUCACAUACAUAAUCGAGUUUGAAC